AUGGCCCCCAUCAAGUCGGUCGCCAUCAUUGGAGCCGGUCCCGCAGGCAUAAUCUCAAUUGAUGCAUUGGCUCAAGAACAGGCAUUCGAUCACAUUCGUGUUUUCGAGAGGAGAGAAGCGGCUGGAGGCUGUUGGAUCGAAGACCCCGAGGAUCAUGUUCAACAGCUACCAGAUCUGAAGAAAAUUGCCGAGAGGCGGCCGGAUGAUGCCUUGCCCAUCCCGCAAGAGGUUCUUAACGGGAAGGCUGUAACGACUCCCAAGAAUACUCAGGUUCGCUUCUCCGAGACAUCAAUAUAUCCUACUCUAGAAACGAAUAUCGAGGCCCAUGCAAUGUCAUUUUCUCAAGAGCCUUUUCCAGAAGAACGAAGUGCUCUCAAUAUAAAAAGACACGGGCCAGAUUCGCCUUUUCGACACUGGAAAGCUGUGGAAGGUUACCUCCAAAGUCUAGUAAAUCGCCGUGGAUACCAAGACCUAGUGACCUAUAACACUACGGUGGAACUUGUUUCCAAGAAUUCUGAAACUGGCCAAUGGACCCUUACUCUCAGACAGCCACUUGAAAAUAGGAAAGAAGAUAGAUGGUGGCAGGAAUCUUUCGAUGCUGUACUCGUUGCAAAUGGACAUUAUCACGUCCCGAUGAUACCCCACACUCCAGGGCUAGCCAAAUUUGCUACGGAUUUUCCGGGCAGUGUACUGCAUACCAAAGCAUGGCGAAACCCCGAAACAUACCGUGGGAAAAGAGUAGUUGUGGUCGGCGCAAGCAUUAGUGGAGCUGAUAUCUCCUGGACCCUCGCUGACUAUACGGAGUCGCCUCUGUAUUCAGUAGUUCGAGGCAGAUAUCAUCCUUACUUCUUUGAUUUCGCUUUUCAACACCCAGAUAUAGUGCGUCGGCCAUCAAUAUCCCGCGUUGAAUCCAACCCCGGGACGAAUGAAAGGACCAUCUUUUUUGAAGACGGCACCAAGCUUGAAGAUGUUGAUUAUAUAAUAUUUGGAACUGGCUAUACAUGGACGCUCCCAUUCCUACCCAAACUUGAUGCCACCAUCCGGAAUAACCGUCUUCCAAACCUCUACCAGCAUGUCUUCUGGCGAGAAGAUCCAAGCAUCGUGUUCGUUGGAGCUGUAGCUGCCGGUUUCACUUUCAAGGUCUUUGAAUGGCAAGCUGUCCUAGCAGCAAGGUUUCUGGCAGGUCGAAUUACUCUCCCUCCUGUGAGUGAGCAGAUUAAGUGGGAAGAGGAUAGAAUUGCAUACAAGGGCGACGGCGUGCCGUUUACUGCAUUAUACCCUGAUUUCGAGGAGUAUUUCGAGGUAGUUAGGAAAAUGGCUGGGGAACCACGCGAUGGUAAGGGGCGGCCUUUACCAAAGUUUGAGAAAUGGUGGAGAGACAAUUUUGACAACGCUCACUUGAAGAGAAUCGCCAUGUGGAAGAGAGGCAAUGAGGAGGCGAGGGAGAAGAAAAGAAGAGAAAGUGGAAACGCUGAUGGGGUGCCACAAUCAAGCCUUUGA